AUGGACGAUUUACGGAGCCUCUCCAUGGCAAGGGAGAUGGCCCUCUCGGCCAACCUCGGGAUCAAAAGACAAUGUGUACCUUCUGAAUCAAAACCCAUACCUGUAAAUGGAGAGAGGCCACAUGACCAAUCUUUGUGCCUGUUACCAUUAGGCCACGAUCGUCAAUUACAUCACAUAAUCAAUGCCAAUAGGGAGCGAAACAACGCUCUACAAACUAAGGCUAUGGCUGCAAAUGAACGCGCUCGACAACAAGCAAAGCUUCACAGUAAAGAGAAAGCGGAUCUCUUAACUGCUAAGGAGCACGCAGAAUCGAGGGUUUCUGCAUUGGUAGCUCAAGUGGAACAACUGUUUCCCCGCUAUACUCCAAUUGACGAUUAUAGCUGUACAUCGCAAUUUACCAAACUCUUUAUAAAGAUCCGGUCAGUGUGCUGGAGCAACUUUAAGGAAGUUCGGGAGAAUGCUGCUGUUUUUCCCUUAGUGCCAUCACCUAUGGAACAGCCGCCAUUGCCAGCGCUCGCCAUGAAGUACCUCAUCCAAGACAAACUUUGCCAGAUUCUAUGCGAUAGAGUUUUCGGUCUGUUCUCUCCAGGCAUUCCCAGGGAACUAUCUGGUCAACUUCUACAAAUGGAGGCAUGCCUCCAAAACUGCGGUUGGAAUUCCCAUCUUUGGAGGUUAAUGACCAUCAGAGCGAUCGACAAACCGGAUGAUAUCACCGAGUUGGUUUGGUUUCAACACCUCCGUGCUGAAAUUGAGUGCUUAUUUUCUGGUCUAGCGCCAACUAGUAGAUCGGAGACUCAAGAAAAAACCCUCUUCCGUAUUGCCAAACAAGCCUUUGAGCUGCAAGAUGCUUUGUCACAUCAGCCUGUCCGUUACCACAUCGAAAACGCCUGCGGUUGGAAUUUUGAUGAAGUGUGGAUGGAGCUAGACCCGUCAACACCGAAGCAAUCGGAGGGGCUAGUCACCCAUUGCAUACAGCCAGCAUUGAUGAAAAAAACAGAGGACAGCCGUGACAGUGUUUGCCACAAAUCUGUGGUCUUAGUGAAGGCGGUGGUAUUCUGUGGGUAG